GUCCAUUUAAAAAAACAAGCUCUGUGCCAGUCAGAUCAGGAAAUCCUGACUUAGGUGAAUCAGAUUCAAGACAAGGACGUUCUGUAAACACAGAGGAAGCUGCCUAUUUUUGGGUCUGAACCAGGCCUGGCCUUUCUAAGCACUCUUGAGCCCCCCUGGAUCCCCCCCCCAGAAACCGUCGCCCGGGCUCGGUGGGCCCUGGAUCCAAGGCAGGCAUGUUCGUCUUCGUAUUCUUAAACAGCUAGAUGGGGAUGAAAAUGUUUGGCACCCUGAAAUCUGCCACUUGGGGCAACAACUUCCCUCCACGUUGUCAGUGAGGCUGUCCUUUGCUUUCAAAAUGCUAUUUUGCUGCUCUGCGGCUUCAGUGCCGGCUCCCUGCGAGGUUGCCAGCAAAACAGGGAGGAACAUCUGGGGCUGAUGGCACAGUUGAGUUCCACCACGAGAGGGGCACUCGAGGACGGCUGCUGGCCGCACACCCUUCCAACAGCAGAUUUCGGCACCUGCUCAAUCCUGGGCCCCUGGAUGCCUCACUCUGAUUACAGCCUUGCAGGGCGUUUCAGCGAGGCCUGUCCGGUCCAGCCUCCGGACGGACGUUCGCUUCGGCUCAUCACAAGCGCCAAUGCUCAGUUUGAAGCCACUUCUGCACUUGGUUAGCCGGAAACGCUCGCUGCACCUCAGAGGCUCUGAAGCCCCCUUAAGAAAGCACCCUGCCUUCUGCUGCCAGUCCUGCCGUUGCUUGCUCAAAGAAAGCCAAGCGUCACGCCAAGCAAGCGGCUGGAAUUCAGGGCCGGCUUCCAGCUCGCCCUCCCUCCCCAGCCUCCAUCUCUCACCCGCGACGACAACGCCGUCUCAACAAAUAAACAGAAGAGGAUGCAAAGUGAGGGAACGGCAGGUUGAGAGUCCGUUGAGAACGCCCCACCCCUCCCUGAGCUAACAUGGGGGGGUGGCCCCCGCCCUGGCGACAGGAGGGUUAUAAACCAGGCCCAGGGCAUCGGGUGCAGGAAGGGCUCUGCUCGAAGGCACGCACACCGAGAGAGGGCGGCUGGUUCUCCACGUUGUCCCCCAGGAAAGGCGCAUCCACCGGAGAUGUCGAUGGGCUUGGAGAUCGGGGGCAUCGCCCUCUCCGUCCUGGGCUGGGUGGGCACCAUCCUGUGCUGCGCGCUGCCCAUGUGGAGGGUGACCGCCUUCAUCGGCUACAACAUCGUCACGGCGCAGUUCACCUGGGAGGGCCUGUGGAUGGACUGCGUGGUCCAGAGCACCGGCCAGAUGCAGUGCAAGGUCUACGACUCCAUGCUGGCCCUGGGGGCCGACAUCCAGGCCGCCCGGGCCUUGACCGUCAUCGCCAUCGUCCUGGGGGCCCUGGGGCUGCUGGUCUUCCUGAUGGGGGCCCAGUGCACCCGCUGCGUGGAGGAGGACAGCACCAAGGCCAAAAUCACCAUCACCUCCGGGGCCAUCUUCCUGCUGACCGGCCUCUUGAUCCUCAUCCCCGUGUGCUGGUCGGCCAACCAGAUCAUCCGCAACUUCUACAGCAUCGCGGUCCCCCAGGCCCAGAAGCGGGAGCUGGGGGCCGCCCUCUACAUCGGCUGGGCCGCCUCCGCCCUCCUCCUUUUCGGGGGUGCCUUGCUUUGCUGCUCCUGCCCCCCCAAGGAGGAGCGGUACAGGCCCACCAACGUGGCGUAUUCUGCACCCAAGUCCACCAUGGCCAGCUACGACAAGAAGAACUACGUAUGAAAGGGGCACCUCACCGGCCCGGCCGGUGUGUGCCGCGCGAUGCCUUUCCUGGGAACCCUUCGCUUUGCUCCAGGACAGGACCGUCCCACCGGGACUGGACUCAGAAAUUGCGCCGUACGGACCGGGGUUCAGCUGUUUUGGGGGACAUUCUGGAGGUGCAGAAGGAACCCCGGUGGCCCCAUCUUCCCUUCCUGUCUUUCUUGGGGACGUAGUUUGGCUUCGGGCCUUCCCUGUCUCAUUCCUGGACUUUGGUCAAGGACCUGAGCGUCCCACUGCCCGGGCCGGUCUUCCUGAUGCAGGCACAGGGGGGACGGUCGGCAUGCGGUCGGUGUAAGCCCAGUGGUUCCCCGUGGGCUGGUACUACGGUGUUGUGUCCUUUGCCACUCAAACCCGCAAACGUGGACGUUGGGUACGCCAUUUUGUCUCCCUUCUCCAGGGUAGAGCCGGUUGUGGUUGCGAGAGAGAGGGCAAAGGGCUGUUCUCCGGAAGGCAAGUGGGGGGGGUCCCCCAAGAGAUCGAGGAGGGAGAGGGAGACCCCGUCCACCUCUGGGUGGCCUUGGCUUGGGUCGGAGGCGGAGGGCAGCAAGAUGGCAAGAAGAGGGUGCCACGCAAAGCUCAUCUGGGUUGGUGGCAAAUUUCCGGGAUCUUUUCCAGCCGUUGCUUUACGCAACAGAGAGAGAACACCAGCAUUGCCAGUGGUGGCCGGGCGGGAAACGUUUGUUACACAUACACACACACACACACACACAUCCCAAAGAAGCCAUGGUGGGUUUUCCCAGUCCUUUUCCUUUAUGCGACCUUAUGUGAUGUUCCUCUUUUCCUUCCUCCUCCCCUCCCCGAUGCU